AACGCCACCGAAUAUAAAACUUUCAUAAAAAUAUGACUCAUUUAUUGACGUAUGUAUCAUGAUAAUUUGUAACAAUAAUAAAUCGAAUCCUAAAAUAACGCCCCGCUGUCUCACGGUCCAGUAGGCUGGAGUCCGCCGUUCGCAGCGACACGUCAAAUUUUGCCGCGGAAAUAUAAAUCGCGCUCAUAUUAAAAAAAUUGGCAUGUUUUUUUUUAAUUAAAGGUUCUGAAUAAUUAUUAAAGAUGUGCAGUAAACUGUUUUACUUUGUGUUAUUAUUUUUAUGCUGGCAUACUGACGCGAAAAGUUCGGAAGAGAAGACGAAUUCAACGGGAGAUGUGAAAGUGAUAAAGAACGACGGCACCGCGCUGAUGUUCGCAGACGACCUGAAACAGACCCUGGAGAGAUACCUCUUCGGCAUCUGUCCUCAACCAUUCAAGAUGGGGCUGGGCGGCAAGCGCAACGGCACCGCGCCCUGCGACCUCGACCUCGAUCAACACGACCUCUCCGCCAGGCUGGCAACACUGUCUCUGCGCGCGCACGCUGCGUCCCGCACCGACUGCCUGCGGUUUGGCACGGCGCUCGCCAACACGCUCGCCGAACUCGCUCGCACCGCGCAGGCCACGAGUAUUCAAGGGAAAGCUACCGCUGACGAAAAGGAAAAGAAGAGGAAAUUGUCCAAGAGCCAAAAGUUGAAAAUCCAAGCUAAACAGCGGACCGCGCUCGCCGUCAAGAAGAAAGCUGCUGCCGCCGCCGCCGCCGCCGCUGCUGCCAAGAUGCAAUCCUAACUAUUUAGUUCCACGGACGUAAAAAAAAUAGUUCAUUAUAAAUCUUGUCGAUGCCUACUGGAAAGAUAAGAACAACAUCAAAGGGUACCUACUUGAUAAUUUAUUUCAAAAUACAAGUAUUUCUUAGUUCCUUAAAGAAAUUCCUUAAUGAGUACCUAUCGUUUCUCUUGCACUCAAAAAUGUUGGAAUGUCAUUUCCACGUACUUUUUAUGAGCUGGAUAUCAUAUUUGAUGGAGUUUAAAAGAGAAGCAUAGAUUUAGAAUAGUUUUGUUUAUGCAAAUACUAUCCUAUCUAGUCGUUAAAAUUGUUGUUUUGUUUCAUACGCCUAUUGGAAACUACAUUUUGAAUAAUCUUUGUGUGUAUAUUUGAUCACAUAACUCACUUCAUGCAGUACUUAGAUAUGUAAUUUAUUUUACUUUUUGUGGACAUAUUAUUUAAAUAUUAACUUAAGUAUAAAUCAUUGUAAAUAUCUUCUAGAAAGUAAGAUUUAACACUUGUAAUUAAUAUGUACUUACUAAUUUAUUUUUA